AUGAAAAAGGAACCUAAGGAACAGAACUGUCCAUUUGCAGGACAAGGCUACAGCAUUAAAGAGUUUAUGAGGAUGAACACUCCAACCUUUACAAGAGGACCUGAUCCAGUGUUAGCAGAAAACUGGGUACAGGAGAUAGAGGAAAUCAUGAUUGUACUUGACUGCAUGGACGAACAGAAGGUCCGUUAUGCCACUUUCAAGAUGACUAGAGAGGCGAAACGCUGGUGGCUUUCUGGGAAGCUGCUAGAGGAUCAGAGGGUCGUAAAGAUAGCUUUUACCUGGGAGAGAUUCAAGGAGCUUUCUUUGACAGCUAAAUUUGUGGAAUUGUCACAUUUCACUCCAUUCCUGGUCCCAAAUGAAGUAAAAAAAUCCAGAAAGAUUGAGAAAGUCCAGAGACGCAGGAUCUAUGAGCUAGUGGUCGGGUUUCAGGUCAAGAGUUUUUUAGAAUUAGUUGAUAAGGCCUCGAUGUUGGAGAAGAGUAUCCAGAGCAGCAUUGACCCUUCAGAGCAGAAGAAGAGACCUGCACCAUUUAGUUUUCAGUCUGAGGCCAGUCAGGGAUCAGCGAAGAAAGGGAAGGAAGCCAUACGCUCUAUAUGCUUGAUGUGUAAUAAGAAGCACAUGGGCGAAUGCUAG